AUGCGAGAAACAUUAACGACAACGAAAACACCACCAUCAUUGCCGAUUGAAGAAGAGUCAACGGCAACAACAACAACAACAGCAGGAAUGUCAUCAUCGUCAGGAACAACAGCAACAACAACAAAAUCAUCAUUAAAAACAGAUGCGAAUACUUUUGGGGUUGACGCCGAGACUCUACACAGUAUUGUUACUGACAGCGCAGGGGGUCCACAUCUUCUUAAGAGUUUUGGUGGAGUGCGGGGAUUGGCAAAACUGCUGCGUACCGAUCUUUUACGUGGAUUGCCUGUGGAAACGGCAGAAGCCUUACAAGCACGCCGUGCUGCCUUCUCUGUGAAUGAACUUCCACCCGCGGCGGAAGUGACAUUUAUGGAUCUUGUGUGGGAUUCACUCGGGGAUCGAAUGAUGCAAUUACUGAUGAUCUCCGCAGUGACCUCCUUGCUGCUUGGACUCACAGUGCCGGAUGUUCAUACUGGACGUGUGGACUACGCCCAUGGCUGGAUUGAGGGAGCUGCCAUUCUCCUCUCUGUGGCUAUUGUAACCCUUGUGAGUAGUCUUAACAAUUACCAGAAGGAGCAGAAGUUUAAGGAACUCAUGCGAGAUGCACCGGCGGCCCGAGCUACAGUAAUUCGUGCAGGUGCUGUAGUGGAAACAACAGACAAGGAACUUCUCGUUGGGGAUCUUCUUAACGUGGCGGGAGGUGAUGUACUCACUGUGGAUGGACUGGUGGUACACAGUAAUGCCUUUAAAGUGGAUGAAUCAUCUGCAACUGGUGAGAAUGAUGAUGUUGCGAAGGAUGCGGUGAUGAAUCCCUUUGUGCUUUCAGGAUCUAAUGUGGUGGAAGGAGAUGCGACGAUUCUCGUAACAGGAGUUGGAAUAAACUCCUUCGCCGGCCGUAUCUCCAUGCAGGUACGUAAAGAAAGUGAGGAAACACCAUUGCAGGAAAAACUUACUGAACUUGCGGAUAAAAUUGGGAAUUGUGGAGUUAUUGCAGCCGCCCUUAUGUUUGCUGUAUUAAGUAUACGGGAACUGUGGGUCUCCGUUAUGAUGGGACACCAUCCACUACACUAUAAACCUUUUCUUGACAGUCUUACAACGGCAGUGACGAUUGUGGUGGUGGCGGUACCGGAGGGACUCCCACUCUCUGUUACGAUUGCCCUCGCGUACAGUAUGAAACAGAUGUUUAAAGAAAAGAAUUUGGUUCGUCAUCUUGUGGCCUGUGAGACGAUGGGAAGUGCCACAACGAUUUGCACAGAUAAGACAGGUACCAUCACACAAAAUGCAAUGACGGUAACAGAUGGUAUCACGGCAGAAGGAGUUACCUUUUCAUUAACUGGGAAUAUGGAUAGAGAUGAGAUGACACUAACCAAACUCUUCACAUCCGCCUCACCUCUACGUUCACUACUCGCAGAAAGUAUCUCUGUAAACAGUACAGCUGCAUGGAGACGUGUGGAGGAUGCCGUGGCUCACACCAGUGCUGUGCGUCUCACCGGUAAUAAAACGGAACAGGCGAUGUUAACAUUUGUGAAUCAUCUCGGGGAGGACUCUAUGACAGUACGUGCAAAGAUGCUUGAGCAAACAGCAGUGAUUUCCACAACCUCACCAAAUAUAUCAUCACCUUCAUUGUCUUCCGUAACCCCAUCCUCUGCGUUUAAUAAUAAUAGUAAUAAUAAUAAUAAUACUAAAGAGAGUUUGGAUAAUACGGCAACACAGUUACUUGCACAUGAAAAGGAAAUGCGUUCCUACCCCUUCUCAAGUGCACGGAAACGUAUGACCACCGCCUUGGCAUUACGAAAGAAAGGUGUGAUUCGAUAUUAUGUGAAGGGGGCAAGUGAGUUGGUGCUUGCCAAUUGCACAUAUGGACUACAACAUGAUGGGUGCCGGGUACCAUUGAGUUCAAAGAUCACCGCCACACUGCAGGAUGCAAUUAUGGAUAUGUCCCGUCGUCGUCUUCGAACCAUCGCCGUGGCGUACGUGGAUGAACCGUUGAAAGCAGAAAAAGAUGCCGACUCAAGUACAAGAGUAGAACAAGGAAAGAAGAUACAUUCUUUAUUUCCUCCAACAGAUGAACAUUUACCACCAUUAACACUUAUUGCUAUUCUUGGUAUUCGUGAUCCGGUACGACCAGAAGUACCAAAUGCGGUUUCCCAAUGUCGACGUGCGGGUAUUUUUGUGCGUCUCAUCACUGGCGAUAAUAAAGCCACAGCUGUGAGUGUGGCCCGUGAAGUGGGGAUCUACGGUCGUGUUUGGUCAGGUCCAGCCGCAGGUGAACAGGGAUUGGCGUUGGAAGGACCACAAUUCCGAGAGUUCGCGAAGAGUGCACGAAAGUUAAAUCAAAUUCUUCCACGUUUACAAGUCAUAUCACGUGCUUCUCCACUGGAUAAACAAAUUCUCGUUGCGGAACUUAUGAAACGUGGAGAAGUUGUGGCCGUUACCGGUGAUGGCACAAAUGAUGCUCCAGCUCUCAAAAAUGCCCAUGUUGGUUUUUCAAUGAAUGCUGGAACAGAGGUGGCAAAGAAUGCCUCUGAUGUUGUCAUCCUUGAUGAUAAUUUCAGUACGAUUGUAACAGCUAUUAAAUGGGGACGUAAUGUACAUGAUAAUAUCUCAAAAUUUCUGCAGUUUCAGAUGACUGUGAAUGUGGCUGCUGUGAUUUUCUCUUUUAUUGGAGCCACUCUCAGUGGUAGUGAUGGAUCUCCAUUAAAACCUGUACAACUGCUAUGGUUAAAUCUUAUCAUGGACACAUUGGCAGCACUUGCAUUGGCAACAGAAUCCCCUCGUGAUACUGUACUGGAUCGCUCUCCACGUGGACGUGAGGCUCCCUUAAUUACACAACGUAUGUGGAGUAAUAUUAUUGGUCAAUCUUUAUAUCAAGUGAUACUACAGUUAUGGGUUUUGCAUAGUGGAUAUACAUUUUUCAAUGUACAACCUGGUUCAGAGGAACAUCUUACCAUUGUCUUUAACGUCUUUGUGUUAUUACAGUUAUUUAAUGAGUUCAACGCCCGUAUCCUUGAUGGACAUCUUAAUAUAUUCACUGGAUUAGAACGUGCCCCACUUUUCUUACUCAUUGUUGGACUUACUUUCAUUAUACAGGUGAUUGGAGUUCAGUAUGGUGGACCUCUUAUGCAAGCUGUCCCGUUAUCCUCUGCCCAGUGGGGACGUUGUUUUCUUGUUUCCUCCAUUCCAACACCCCUCGGCCUUCUUUUACGCGCCCUCCCUGUGAAGGAGAAGUCUCUACCACCUCCUCCAGUCGUUGUGGAUCCAGAAGAGGAGGAGAAACUGAAGAAUAUGCCUCCACGCAAACGUAUGACCCUGCGAGAAGCAGCACAGAAAGUGAUUACAGAACUUAAGGUCGCGGCAAUAUUCACGGACGCUCUUUCUUCAGCAAAGAAUGGAAAAAAACACCGGUAA